CUCAUCCCAUUAUCAAAGCAAAGAUGAAUCCCAGAAUCUCUUCCUCCUUCAUCUGUUGUCUCUCUUUUUUCCUUCUCUUCUUUACCUCUGCAACUGCCUUCAACAUCACCAAGAUCCUUGGUGCGAACUCUGAUUUCAGCAACUUAAACGAUCUCCUAACACAAACACAACUCGCUUCCCAAAUCAAUAGCCGUCAAACCAUCACCCUUCUUGCCCUUGAUAACGGCGCAAUUGGUUCACUUUCCGGCAAAUCAAACGAUGAGGUGAAGAACAUUCUAGAACUUCAUGUGGUUCUUGAUUACUAUGAUCAAAAGAAGCUUGAGAAGAUCUCAAACAAGACAGCCCUUCUCACUACUUUAUUCCAAACAAGCGGCUUAGCCAAUAGCCAGCUUGGGUUCUUGAAUGUUACUGUCACAAGCGAUGGCAUUGCCUUUGGUUCCGCCGUUAAAGGUUCACCCAUUGAUUCCAAACUUGUCAAAUCCGUUGCAUCUCAACCGUACAAUAUAUCAGUGUUGCAGAUCAGUGCUCCUAUACUUCCUCAAGGUAUUGAUGGUGUAAAAGCUAACUCAAGCUCUAACCAUACCGUAUCAUCUCCUCCACCUUCUGAUUCCCCGGCUGGUGCACCAAAGAAAUCUCCAACAAAAGCUCCUACUGGAAGUCCAUCAAAGGCCCCAUCACCCAAAUCAGCAAAGGCACCUGCACCGUCCGAUGCUCCAGUUAGCGAUGCUCCAGCUAGUGAUGCUCCGAAAGCCAGCGAUACACCGACGAGCUCUCCUCCAUCACCGGCUGAAGCUGAUGCACCCGCUGGAGACAGUAGUGCUGAUGCACCUGGGCCAUCGAAAGAUAGCUCUUCAAGUGCAACAAGAGUGAGUGUUGGCAUGUUUAUUUCUGCGGUCACUUUGGGUAUGGCCUCCUGGUUUGCUUUCUAA